UAGUGAAGGAAAGCCAAUUGGUUCGUUCUAUAAUUGCUGGUCAGAAGACACUACAACUCCCUAGCAACUUUGGGAAUCAUAUGUUUUGUUGAGUUUGGUUUGACUGAAAUUAGGAGGUCGAUUUCGGCAAACAUUUCAGAGGGCUAAUGCAUCCAGACAUGCGUAGGGCGUAAAGAUUCGCCGUCUGUCAUCCUGGUUGUGACUACAGUACUAAUAAGCCAUGGAGCUCGCCGAGGAAGACGAGCUCGAGACCCGCUUUGAUGCCGCAGUGCGAGUGAUUCGAAGUUUACCUGAAGACGGUUCGUAUCAGCCUUCGGAUGACAUGAUGCUGAUGUUCUAUAGUUACUACAAGCAGGCUAAGUUUGGGCCUUGUAACAUUCCCAGACCCAGAGGAUACUGGGACACAGCAGGCAAAGCCAAAUGGGAUGCAUGGAACUCACUGGGAAACAUGUCAAAGACGGAAGCCAUGCAAGCAUAUGUCAGUGACAUUCAGCUGAUCCUGGAGACUCUUCCGGUCACUGAGGAGGUUUCUGAUCUGCUGGAGGCCUUGGGAGGGGUUUUCUUUGAGGAAGUGGAGGGAGGAGUGCAGGAGGAAGAGAGGCCCUACGCAGUCGCUGCAGAGCAAAUGCAGACAGGGUUUAUCCAGAAACCAAAAAUGGAAGGCUUUGGAAGUUUGGAAAUCUGGGCGGAUAUUCAAACCAAAGUCCCAGAAAGAAAAUCAAAUAGCAUGGUUAUGGUGGGCAAGGAAGAAAGCAAAGAGGGAAUGAAAGAGGCACGCAAACUGACUGAGGAGGAGAAAGUGGACUGUGAUGAGGAGGAAGAUUCAGACGAUGAAGAGGAGGAUGAUGAGAGAGGUACCACUGCCGAGAGGAAGCACCCAGGCCCUAACCGGAGUCGGCUCAGGAUGGAGGACCCCAGGUGUGGGUCAGAGGUCAGCUCCUCCAACGGCAGCAUGGAACCCAGCGUCUCAUCCGUGACCUACGGGACACACAGCUCCCUCAACAGUGAGGAGGAGGAAGAAGAAUUGGCCUAUUCUAAACAGCCCCUUCCGGAGAACCGCUUCCAGCAUCUGAACGGACACCUCAGUGAGCAUCUUCGAGCCACCGAGUCAGACAACGAGGAGUUCUGUGACUCAAUUGAACACUUAGUCAUGGAGGAGGAAUCAGCAGUACCCAGAGUUCACUCCUCUGGGAGGAGGGCAAGUGAGGCUAAGAGGAGUCUUCAAAGAGAGACGAAUUUGAACAUGGAUGAGGACCUGAGUCUCCUGGAAGACUCCCCUAACAGGGAGGGGCUUCAUACAGAACGACGUGACAGUUGCUGGUCAAUGAGUGGAAUCGGUUCCAGGUCAUCUGGGCUAGGCUCUGGAUCCCAACUCUGCACCAAUGAAAAUGCAGCAGAGCGCUGGGUUAUGCAAAGCUCGACUGAGGCAGCUGCCAGUGGUGACCUCAACGACUACAUUGCUGGGGUGCUGACGAGGCUACAGGAGGACAUGGCUAACGUGCUUCAGAGGCUGAACACCCUGGAGGCUCUAACCACCAUACAGACUAGAUCGCUUUCUCAGGCUAGACAAAAUGACUCCUUAUCCAUAGCAAGAGAGAGACCUUCGUGGUGGCCUUUUCACCUCUGCCCUGCCACUUUGGUGUUUUCCACCGUCUGGCCGUUGAUCGCCCACUGGCUCGUUCAGAUUUACCUUCAAAGAAGGAGCAGGAAAAUGAGCUGAGGACCAUGUGAGUUAUCCUGACGAGCUGAGGUGAAAGUGUCGGGGGUCUUCUUUUGUAAAGCGAUGGGCUUUUCAUUGAAGCUCUCAUGCCACUGGUUGGCACUGGACUGGACAUUAGCUGUUAUUGUACAGGUGAUUUGUAAUACAUAAUUACAUUUACAUUACGGUGAAUUGACUUGUCCCAGUAUAUGGAAAACUGUAUAAGGCUUUGGUAUCCAACAAAUGCCACAUAUGUAAUCUACUGAACUCUAAGCACUUUAAAUUGUGAUUUUUCUGAUGCUUUUUACUCCAGGGGGUAGGUUGGUAUAAUUCCUAACACAACAUAGUGACCCACUAACUUGAUCAUUUGCUCUGAUUUUCAUACGUAGAGAUACAACAUGGUUUCUUAGAAACAGGAAACAAUCUAAAUAUUUGUUCGUUCGUACUCAUGAAGGAGAUCCAUACAGAAACGUCACUAAUUUAAAGUGCAACCUUGCGGGUCAUCAAGAAAUAACAGUAAAGGUAUUUAUAUUGAGUUCAAUGAACAUAACCAGAUUUUAUACUGUAUUUAUUAACCACAUUGUCAUGCAAACAACACAUACUGGUGGGUGGCCUCGACUAUUCAACUGUAUCUGUGUCGAUGAAGUCAUCCACUAACCAUGGUCAUCCAGUAACACUGCUGGGUUAUAGAUUUUAAUAUUUUAUUCCCAAUAUAUGGUAAAAAAAAAAAAAAUCCUGCGGUUUUGUGUAGCAAAUAAAUCUCAGAAGUACGUAUAAUUUUCCAAGGAUGUUUCUGUGUGGACCAAAAUAUAAUUAAAAAUAUUAUUGUAAAAUAUCUGUGGUAUAUUAUUAUUUGCAUUGCAAUAAGACCAAAUAAUUAACUCCCAGAAAGUAAUUUGACAGGGUUAGACAAUCUUUUUGAAAUGUAACAUUUUUGGGAUGUUUUAUUUUCUUAAGUCAAUAUUAUUUAUCUAUCUCUUAAUGUUUUUCUUGUUGUCAUAGUGUGAUAUAUUGUAAUUUAGAGAAAGAAACAGACAAUAGUGCAAUGUGUUGUAAUUAUAGUAUUUAUCGAUACCACAGCAAUGUAUCUAAGUAGCCUCUAUGCUUGACUUGGAGAGAAAUAGGUGCCUGUACUGUAACUCCAUGCAGGAACUGCCAUAUUUUGAGCAAACUUUUUAUAAGAGGUGCAGGAACUCAAGCUGUAUAACAGAAGUUUGCCAUAAAAUGUUUUAUUGACUCCUGUCUGUGGAAAAGGGUCUACACCUGUUGUUAACAAAGACUGUAGAAAAUGAAAUGUGACUUUCUGGUGCCGUACUCAGCUCUGUUGAACUCUGGACCAAGUCAAGCACUGAAUAGCCUUAUUACACAAAUAUCAUGAGCGGAGAUGCACUUACAAUAAAGCUGUUUUGGCGUGGAGUUGAUUGUUAGUUUGUUCUUGUUAAUGUAAACAUCUGUAAUUUCAAUUUCCAGCUUUUGGAAGACUGUAAAGGAGGGUUUUUGCAAGUGUCUUUGCAAUUUGACUUGCUCAUAAAUGAACUGGAAUAGGUUUUGUAAUUGGCUUUCUGUUUUUACUUAAUUCAAUUCCACUGUUACUUCAUAUAGUUCGCAAUAAAUGAUUUAAAAUGCACAGAUACCCUUUAAAUAUAAA